UCUGCUGUCUUCCUAUUAAAGGAGUGGACAGCCUCAGCCAUUUCCUCAUAAUCCACAAUUCCCCCCUUCCUUUCUCACAACCAGGCAACAGAAAACAAAAUCAAUAUAACUGUUCAUUUCUGAUUUACCCUUAAGAAAUCUUAGUAGUGAUAAACGGUUUCACAAGAUUUUCGGUUCUCUAUAUAUUUAUUCCGGGGCCGUUGUUUAUUCUGUUUAUUUCUCUUGUCUUCCUCUUUGGUUUAUUGUUUUUGCGGGAAACAAGAAAAGCUCAGAGAUCCCAUCAGGGUUUUUUUCUCGAAAGGGAGAAAAAAAAAAACAAUUUACGUGACUGUAAAAAGAAUAUGCAAAUCAAGACAUUUGUUUCUAUGUAUUCUCGCACCGGAAGGGACCUGCAAAGAUACAAUUUUGAUGGAUGUCGUCAAGUUGUUGGGUGAGUUUUGAAUCUGAAUUCGGGAACUGAAUUAUCUGUUGGGAUAUUGCUAAUUAGGGGAAUUCCUCAUCUGGGUUCUGAUAAUUUGAGGGGGAUUUUUGUGGGGAUUCCAUUUCUUGAACCUUUAGGCUUUUUUCCCCCAUUCUUUGCCCCUGUUGAAAAUUAUUCUUUUGAUGGCUGUAAAAUUGCAAAGGAAGAGGCAAAGGGGGAUUUGGACAUUAUCAAUUUAUCAUUCAUAAUAAUGUGAUGAUAGUGAUGUUUAUUCCCCGUUUACUUUCGCUUUCUGUGCGCCAUUUGCCGUUUACUUUUGUUGUCUGACCUGUUUUUUUUUAACCAUUGUCAAUUUUGAUAAUGUUUGCAGAUGUAUACCAUACAGAUUCAGAAAGAAUCACAAGGCUCCCUCUGUUCAUGGAACAUUAAUCAACGAAUUAGAAUUCCUGUUGAUCAGCUCGCAGAAGAGUACAAAAAUGAUGUUCCCUAAGGGUGGUUGGGAACUUGAUGAAACUAUUGAAGAUGCAGCUAGAAGGGAAACCAUGGAAGAAGCUGGAGUACUUGGGGUUGUUGGGAAAAAAUUGGGAGUUUGGUCAUUUAAGAGCAAGAGCCAAGAUACAUUUCAUGAAGGGCAUAUGCUGUCUUUCAAGGUUACCGAUGAAUUAGAUUGUUGGCCAGAGAAAGAUGUCCGGAGUCGUGUUUGGGUUUCUGCGGAUGAAGCCAGAAAACUCUGUGCACACGAGUGGAUGAAGGAGGCAUUGGAUAGAUUUAUUGUCCAAUUAGAUGAGGACCAAGGAGAACCUCGCCCUCCUACUUUAUUAGACUUGUUGAGACUUGAUGAAUCAUCUUUCAGUGAAGAAGAAGAAGAUGAGGUCAAUUGCACCCUCUCUCAUUUCCAAAUGAAGGAAGAAGAAUGCCAUAUACACUUGUUCAUGCACCACCUUCCGAUAUCACCUUGUUCCACAGAAAAGUCGAAAAUGAGUAGGGUAUCACAAAGCGGAGAAGAAGAUGUUGAUCGCAUUGCUUUGUUAGUGAAUUAGAUUUGAUGCAGGAAGCCAGAAGACCUAACUUUUCAUUAGCGAAUUGUUGAUCACUCAAGAACCCGGAAUUUGGCAUGGUUGCCCAAAACUGGAGAAGCUUUUGAGUUGAUCCAAACGAAUAUGAAGCUGGUGGCCUGAACAAGCGUAAGCUUACUGCCUUUUAAGCUCUUUUCCAGGAUCAGGACAAGAAAUGAGCCAAACCGGUACAUCUACUACUACACCUUAGGGAUAGUGUGUAAAAAGAAAAAGAGUACACAUUGCUCAUGAGUUUGAGACCUCAAGCAUUCUUGCCCCUAACCUGGAAGCAUCAAGGGUGACUGUCCACUUGUUUAGGACUUCCAGAUUCUGAGCAACCGUAAAAAAACUGAGUUGUUUAUAAAAUUCGAGGCUAGUUUCAUAGUGUAGGAAUGCUGAACUUUGUAGUUGUACAAAUGUUCUAAUUGAUUCUUUGAUUCUUUCCAAUUCAUUCAUUCUUUCAGAAGAUUUUUGAAUCUUAAUGCUUUCUUUACGGAUUGUAUGGUUAAUGGUUUCACCUUCCACAUACAAAUCUUAUAUCUGAACUGAACUCCAGUUUGCUCUCUGCUAAUUGAUUGCACAUGUGAGUGAUUAUAAUCUUUUGGUAACCGGUUAGUAUAUGAACGCUUAUGACCUAAUUUGUGGUUUCUCCAGAACAAUAAUAUGUUGAUCUGAUUGUUGAAUUUUGCAGCAUCUAGAAUGUCAUUUCAUAUCUGUUCAAUUUUCUUUGAGUCUAUGACCAUUCUGUUUGGAAAUUGUCCAACUCCAGUUAAUACACAUUAAAUUGGUAGUUAUAAGUCCUUGUUGUCCUCUUUUCUGUCUACUUUUCUUCAAGUUGCGGCUC